AUGGCAUCCACGGCCCCUCCACCACCAAAUGCAACGGUCUAUGUUCGCAACCUGGAAGAGCGAAUUAAGCCGGCGCAACUAAAAGAAUCGCUACAAGAACUCUUCAGCGAAUAUGGGGAGAUUAUCGAUAUUGUGGCUAAGACGAACCUGAAGGCGAAAGGACAGGCGUUUAUAGUGUUUGGCGAUGUGGAGAGCGCACAGAAAGCCAUCGAGGAAGUGCAGGGCUUCGAGCUCUUUGGCAAGGAGAUGCAGCUUGCAUUUGCGAAGACACGCAGCGAUGCUACCGUUAAGCGCACUGGAAAUGAGGAGGACUUCGAGAGCCAUAAACGCCGGCGGUUAGCGGAGAAGGACAAGAAAAAGGCAGCCGAAGCGGCAGAGUCCCAGAAGCUUCUCAAGCGACCAGGUGUCCAGGGCGUUCCCGACGCGGCAGCCAGACCCAUCAAAGCCCCUCGUGGUGCUGGUCUCAAAUCUUCCAACCCAGCAGGCGCGGCUGUUAUCCCAGACGAAUAUCUUCCUCCCAAUAAGAUCCUGUUCGUGCAGAACUUGGCCGAUGAAUACGAGGCCGAGUUGUCGGCGAUCUUUGGGCGGUUUGAGGGCUUCAGGGAGGUCCGCUUGGUUCCUGGUCGGAGUGGUAUUGCCUUCGUGGAGUAUGAAAGCGAGGCGGGUGCUAUUAGCGCCAAGGAGAAUACGGCAGGAAUGGCAUUGGGUCCUGACGGACAGAUAAUUAAGGUCACCUACCAGAGACAGUAG